AGGAAACAUCAGCAUAAUGUUAUGUGUUUGUGUAAAAGUAAGUGAGGCAUGGGGGAAACUUUUUUCUGUGCAGAAAACGUCCACUUUAGAGGUUUUAAUAUUUCUGGAGAGGUUUUUAAUCACAAAUCCAUCUUCUAUGAAUCUGGAAGGCUGGGUCACUUUAACCUUUGCACACUGCAGCACAGUCAGCGCUCAUUUGUAGCUUUGCUUUAUUCUGAUAUAUAUUAUUUUAUUCCUAGUGAUAAACCAAAACAAUCCUUUUAGUAUUAAUCUCUUCAAAUCAAUCUGAGACUUUUUACUGAACAGAAAGAACAAAUAUGAAUAACCUAAAUCAGAUUUGCCUUUUUAAUAAAAUAAGUUGUCUUUUAAUAUGUGUAAACUGAAGAACUGCUAUAACGUAUUUAUGAUCUCAGCCAUUUAAAUGUAUUUUUUAUGACUUCCUAGUUGUUUCUGUCUCUUUCGUAACUUUCUCAGAAAACAUUAGGUAACUUUCCCUCUGACCAAAGGUUGGCUCCCUCACUCUUAAACCUUUUACUGCUGCCUUCAGUACACCUGAGGUUUAUCAAUGUGAGUAUGGCACAGACACCCCAUUUCUCACCAGCAAGACGAUGAUGGAACCAACUCUCCGUGACCCCACAGAUCCUCUUAUUGACCAUGCUGAGGGUCAGCACUUCUUGAAUGAAGCCUUCAAAGUUAUCGUAGAAGAGGUGCUCUGCAAAGGCACCGAUGCCACCCAGAAGGUGUGUGAAUGGAAAGAACCCGAUGAGCUGGCUGUGCUGCUGGAUCUGGAGCUGAGAGAGAUGGGAGAGCCACGAGGCAGGCUCCUGCAGAGAGUUCGCGAUGUGGCCAAGUUCAGCGUUAAAACAAGUCACCCACGUUUCUUUAAUCAGCAGUUUGCAGGAGUGGACUAUCAUUCUUUGGCGGGGCGUUUCCUCACCGAGGCUCUCAACACCAAUCUCUUCACCUAUGAAGUCGCUCCAGUUUUUGUUCUGAUGGAGAAUGAGGUCCUGAGAAGCCUUCGUCAGCUGUUGGGGUGGACAGAAGGUGAUGGCAUCUUCUGCCCCGGAGGGUCCAUGUCCAACAUGUAUGCCAUCAAUCUCGCACGCUACAGACUCUUCCCAGAAGUUAAAAGUCAGGGCCUGUGGUCGGUCCCGCGCCUGGCCAUCUUUACAUCUCCAGAGAGUCACUAUUCUGUGAGAAAAGGAGCUGCAUUUUUGGGAUUUGGGACAGACAGCCUCAUUUUGGUAAACGUGGAUGAUAGAGGUCAUAUGAUUCCAGAGGACCUGGAUGAAAAGAUAGAGCUCUCAAAAUCUCAAGGUGUUGUACCCUUACUUGUGAGCUGCACAUCUGGCACAACAGUUCAGGGUGCCUUUGAUCCGCUGGAUCAAAUAGCUGAUGUUUGUGGCAAACACAAACUCUGGAUGCAUGUUGAUGCUGCUUGGGGAGGAAGUGUGCUAUUUUCCAAGCAGCACAGGAGUCUAAUGAAAGGAAUUGACAGAGCGGAUUCAGUAGCCUGGAAUCCUCACAAGAUGCUGCUGGCCGGCCUCCAGUGCUCCGCCUUGCUGCUCAAAGACACAUCGAACUUACUAAAGCAGUGUCACGGUGCGAACGCCUCAUAUCUCUUCCAACAAGACAAAUUUUAUGAUGUGAAUCUGGACGUGGGGGAUAAGUCUGUGCAGUGCAGCCGUAAGGCGGACUGCCUGAAGUUGUGGCUGAUGUGGAAAGCUAUUGGCUCCAAUGGCUUUGAAGAGCGUGUAAACAAAGCUUUUGUCCUUGUGAGGUAUUUGGUUGAUGAAAUGAAGAACAGAGAUGGAUUUCAUCUUUUGAAUGAUCCAGAGUUUGUGAAUGUAUGCUUCUGGUUUAUUCCACCGAGUCUGAGAGGGAAGGAAGGAAACGCAGAUUAUCCUAGCAGACUGGCCAAAGUUGCACCAGUAAUAAAGGAACGUAUGAUGAAGAAAGGCACUUUGAUGGUGGGCUACCAACCUCUCGGAGACAAAGUCAACUUUUUCCGUGUGACCGUCUUCUCUCCACUAAUUUCCCACAAAGACUUGGACUUCUUUCUUGAUGAAAUUGAAAGAUUGGGAAUUAAUUUGUGACAAAUUUAUCAUGGUUUGAUUAAAAUUUAGAGUAGUCUAUCAAAUCUAUGGCAGCAUCAUGAUAUGUGGCAAACAUUGAAGCCUCAUUCCAUCUCUUGCUAUUUUAUUUUCAUACAUAGUAAUAGAUCACUAUAUUCCAAAAUAUAGUUUUAUAAGAAAAAAUGUCUCCAAGAGUUGCAAUUGUUGUUUACAAUCUGAGAUAAAGACUAUUUGUUUAACUGUUAUGGUAUAGGAAUAAUCUCAGUUACACUAUCUUUCUGCUUAGAGAUCUAUCAUUAAACGUUUACAAUCUGAGAUAAAGACUAUUUGUUUAACUGUUAUGGUAUAGGAAUAAUCUCAGUUACACUAUCUUUCUGCUUAGAGAUCUAUCAUUAAACGUAAUAAAACAUUUAAAAUAUUU